UUCUUUACUGAGCUUGCGCAGUGGAGUGCCUGCUGUGCCUGGAAGAGUUCUCAGCACAGAUUAAGUCUCAUCACAUAAAACUCAGAGGAAUUCUGCCUUGGUAAUAGUAUUCAAGGAGGGCAGUGAUUUCUAAACUGCUGAACAGUAUUCCUGUGAUGGAUGCAAAAGGACAAAGAAGAAGAAUGGCGUACAUUACUCGAAUCGAGACUUUCUCUGCUUGUCACCGUCUGCACAGUAAGACACUGAGUGAAGAGGAAAACAAGAAAAUCUUUGGAAAAUGUAAUAAUCCAAAUGGCCAUGGGCACAAUUAUAAAGUUGAAGUAACAGUUUAUGGUGAAAUUCAUCCAGUCACUGGAAUGGUGAUUAAUAUUACAGACCUUAAAGCAUACAUGCAGCAAACCAUUAUGGAGACACUUGACCACAAAAACCUUGAUAAAGAUGUUCCGUACUUUGCAGACGUAGUGAGCACAACUGAAAAUGUAGCCGUUUAUAUAUGGGACAGCCUGCAAGAGUUUCUCCCUCCAGGUGUUCUCUAUGAAGUAAAGAUUCAUGAAACUGACAAUAAUGUGGUUGUUUAUAGGGGGGAAUAGAGCAAUACUAGAAAACAUCCAUCCUUACAAUCGGGAAAUUAAAUAUUAUCAAAAACGUUCAAAGACUGCAGAAUUUGUACAAGACCACACAAACUGAUUUUUUUUGGAAAUAUGACAAUCUAAUGUCUACAACUGAGUAAUAAAACACUAAGUAUUUAUUGUUACUAUCACAUCUGCGUCUGUAGUACUGAUUUGUAUUGCACAAUAAAAUCGAACGUUCUUUACAAAAUA